AUGGAAGAUUUAAAAUUGAUGAAGAAUGAUUCCUUUUUAAAAUAUAUUUGGAAUAAGUAUGAUUUAGAAAAUGAAGUGAAUAAAAGCGAUAAAAAUAAAUUUUUAUUAUCAUGCGCUCAUUAUAUUCCUUAUGAUAUCGUUAGAUUUUCAAACGAAAAAAUAGAUAUUUGUAUAACAUUUUUAAGAAAUUUGAAGGAGCUAUAUAAUAGUAAUACAUCAAGCGACUUUUUUAAACACUGCUACAAUAUAUACUAUUGGUUAUAUUAUGAAAUAAAGGAUGAUAUUAAUUCUGAUAAAUAUAUUAACAGUAUUUUUGAGGCAUCAACUGAGAUAGCAAAGGAAAGAAACAAAGGCGAUAACUGUUCUGAUAGUGAUCUCUAUAAAGAUUGGGAAGAAACAGAAAAAUUAGUAAUGUUACAUAUAUUUAAUAAUAAUAUUGAUGAUAUUCAAGAAAUAUUAAACAAAGAAUGUGAUUCUAAUAGAAUCUCUUGUAAAAAAUUUGUCAAAAAAUGUGUAGAUUUAUAUACAAGUAUGCAGCACUAUUUAAUUCAAUCUUGCAAAAAUAGCAAUUCCAUUAUAGAAAAAACCUGUCUUGCAGUAAAAACGUUUAAAGAAAAAUAUGAGGAAUUAUAUUCCAACCAAAAGAUAGAAAAUGAAUUUCCAGCUUUAUCUUCUUAUACUCCUAUAAUUAUUACAGAUGAUUGCCCAAAAGAAAAAAGUAAGUCAGAUGAAGCGUCUCUAGUACAAAACAAUCAAUCAGAUCAAGCUUCUACAGUACACAGCAAUAAAUCAGAUGGUUCUAUAAUUCAAAGCGUACCCCGUGCUCUUGGUUUAAUGGCUGGAAUACCUCCACUUUUAGUAUUAAUAUAUAAAGUAAAUAUAAUUCUUAUUCAAAAAUUUUAA